AUGAAUACUCGAGUAUCAAUGUCUGAUGCUCUAUCCAAUGUUGAAGUUCUUUAUGAACUUCCAUUGAUCGAUUCUCAACCCAGUGUUGAAGGUGCAAAUAAUGCCAUUGUCUAUGAAGCUAACUUUGACACGAAUUUCGAAGAUAAAACAGCUUAUAUUACUGGAAUAUCAAAAUAUAUUGAAGAAGCUGUUUUACAUUCAAAUCUAAGUCUUCUUCUUGAACAAGGUUAUCAACAUGCAAUGACACUCUAUACAUGGCGUUGUUGUUCACGAGCUAUCCCCACGGUUAAAUCACCUGAACAACCAAAUCGUAUUGAAAUUUAUGAGAAAACUGUUGAAGCAUUACAACCAGAAGUAGCGAAAUUAAUGGCAAUCAUGCAUUUUUCAACGAAUGCGGUUGAAACAUUUUGUAAUCAAGUUCGACGUUUAUGUCAUCAUGAAAAACGAAAAGAAUUUGUUAGUGAAGCUUAUCUAUUAACAUUAGGAGAAUUUAUUAAUAUGUUUGCUGUACUUGAUGAACUAAAAAAUAUGAAAUCAUCCGUUAAAAAUGAUUAUUCAGCUUAUCGACGAGCUGCUCAAUUUUUAAGAGUUAUUAGUGAUUCAACAGCUUUGACUGAAUCACAAAAUUUAUCGAUGUUUUUAGCUACUAAUGAUAAAAUUCGAACUAUGUUAAAAACAUCAUUAGCUCAAAUUGAAGGUUAUGAAGAAUUACUUGCUGAUGUUGUUAAUACAAGUGUACAUAUGUUUGAAAAUAAAUUGUAUUUAUUACCAAAUGAAAAACAUAUGCUUGUUAAAGUCAUUGGUUUUAGCUUAUUUCUAAUCGAUUCAACGGCAUGUAACAUCAAUAAACUUGAUGGAAAGAAAAAAAUCAAUGUUAGUCGAAUUGACAAAAUCUUUAAGACGGUUGAAGUUGUUCCACUUUAUGGUGAUAUGCAAAUAGCACCAUUUAAUUAUAUUAAAAAAUCUCCUAAUUUCGAUCCAAGUAAAUGGCCUGUUUGUAAUGAUACAUCAACAUCAUCUAUGCAAGGAAAUCUCUUAAUGCAAUUACCAGAAAUUCGAGAAGAACAUGAAAGAUUUAUUGCUGAUUUAGCUCGAUAUACGAAUGAAGGUGCGAUACAAAAAGUAAUGAAACGUACUGAUCAAGAAAUGAAAUAUUUAUAUCAUAUGGCCUUGACUGGUCUUCAAUUAUUAUCAAAAUGGAGCAAUUCAAUUCUUGAAUUAUAUUGUUGGAAACUUCUUCAUCCAGCUGAUUAUCGUAAAGGUGCAAGUAAAUAUGAUGAUGAUGGUGAAGAAUAUGAACGUGCUACACGUUAUAAUUAUUCAAGUCAAGAAAAAUUUGCAAUGGUUGAAAUUCUUUCAUUAAUUAAAGGUUUACAAUUACAAAUGAAUCGUUUAACUGAAACAUUUCAUGAAGCUAUUUGUUCAACUGCAUAUAAUGAAUUACAAUCAUUUGUUCAAAUACAUAUACGAGAUAUGAUUAAGAAAGUUACACAAAAAAAACGAGAUUUAACAAAAAGUAUUUUAAUUGCAGUAAGAGAUACAUGUGUUGAUUGUUUUAAUGGAAGUAAUGAAGCUAAUUCGAUUGAAGAAGCACUUGCAUUAGGUUUAAAACUUAGUCAAAAUCAUGGAAAUAAAAAAGAUCAUGGUGAAUUAAAUAAUGUUAGAUUUAAUAAACGAUGUGUUGGUCCAUCUAGUACUCAAUUGUAUAUGGUUCGAACAAUGAUUGAAUCUCUUUUGACAGAUAAAAGUGGUUAUGGAAAAAGAACAUUAAGAAAAGAUAUCGAUUAUACUCAUUUAUCAAUGAUUGAACAAUUCCAUAAACAAUCGUUCUUCUGGGAUUAUCUUCUUAAUUUUGAUGCAACAUUAAAACAAUGUGCUGAUCUAAGUCAACUUUGGUAUCGAGAAUUUUAUCUUGAAUUAACAAUGGGAAGAAAAAUUCAAUUUCCAAUUGAAAUGUCAAUGCCAUGGAUUUUAGCGGAUCAUAUCUUAGAAUCAAUAAAACAACCAAUGAUAGAAUAUGUCUUUUAUCCAAUGGAUCUCUAUAAUGAUGCAGCAAUGCAUGCAUUACUUGUAUUUCGUAAACAAUUUUUAUACGAUGAAAUUGAAGCUGAAGUCAAUCUAUGCUUUGAUCAAUUAGUAUUUAAAUUGAGUGAUAAAAUCUUCACUCAUUUCAAAUCCUUAGCUUCUUGUAUGUUACUUGAUAAAAGAUAUCGUUCAGAAUGUCAUAUGAAUGGAAUUAAAGUAGUUUUUCCUUCGGCAAAUCGCUUUGAUGCUUUACUUAAACAACGUCAUAUUCAACUUCUUGGCCGUUCAAUUGAUUUAACAUUUCUUUUAACUCAACGUUUAACAUUAUCUUUUAAAAAAUCACUUGAAACUGCAAUUCAACGCUUUGAAUCAGUUAAUAUAACUGGUGUCAUGGAAUUACAAAGUUUACUUGAAGUCAAUCAUUUAACUCAUCAACUUCUAUCAUCCUAUUUAACAUUAGAUAGUUUUGAAUCACUUGUGAAUGAAGUUAAUCAUAGUGUAGCAAGUGCACUUGGUCGUAUAACAUUACAUAUUUUCUGGGAAUUAACAUAUGAUUUUUUACCACAUUAUUGUUAUAAUGGAAGUACAAAUAGAUUUGUCAAAACUCAACAACCACAUGUUAAUGAAACAGCACGAGAAAAAAUGGCACGAGAAAUUCCUGAUGUUCAAUUAUAUGGAACAAGAGAAUUAAAUCAAGCUUAUGAAAUUGUUAAUAAUCUCUAUCGAGGUUUUGUUGGUGUACAACAUUUUCGAGCAAUGACACGUUUACUUGGUUAUCAAGGUAUCGCUGUUGUUAUUCAAGAAAUGUUAAAAGUUGUUAAAAAUUUGUUGGAUAAAACAAUUCGUGAAUUUGUAGAAAAAUUACGUACAUGUAUGCCAAAACAAUGUAAAUUACCUCGAUCAGAUUAUGGAUCACCAGCUAUAUUACAAUACUAUCUUCAUCAACUCCAUGAAAUUAUUCAUUACCCUGCAUUACAAGAUGUAUUUCAUUGCUUUCGAGAACUUGGAAAUGCCAUUCUGUUCUUUAUCAUGAUUGAACAAAGUUUAUCUCAAGAAGAAAUAAAAGAUUUAUUACAAGCAGCACCAUUUCAAAAUUUGAUCCCACGUCCAUAUGCAAAAGAAGGCGAAUCACUUGAAGCAAAAAUUCGACGACUUGAAGCGAAAUAUGCUGCCAUGUCACUUGUUAAUAUUAUUAAAAAACUUGGUACUGAAAAGCAAGGAAAACUUGUUGAGGAAGCUGAUUUAUUAACACGUGAGCGUCUUUGUAUCGGUUUAACUACAUUCGAAAUAAUGCUUGAUCGUAUUCGUACAUUUCUUCUUGAUGAUCCUGUAUGGGCAAAUAAUUCGUCAUCAGCGAUGAGUAAUAACAUAAGUCCAUUAUCAAAUAUUGAUGAUACACAUGAUUUUCAUCGUAUAUGGAGUGCAUUACAAUUUGUUUAUUGUUUACCAACACGUCAUGAAAAUGAUAUGAAUAUUGAGCAAUUAUAUGGUGAAGGAUUAAAUUUUGCUGGCUGUACAAUAAUACGUUUAUUAAAUGAACAUAGAAAAUUUGAAACAUUUGAUUUUACAUAUCAUUUAUUUAAAAUUAAUCGUAGUGAUCAAAAAGAGGAUGAAGUUAAAAAUGUGUCUUUACCAACAUUUACGGAACGUAUAAGAAAAUUUCAAAUACUGAAUCAACAAAUAUUUGCUUGUCUCAAUAAAUAUUUAUGUCAUACAACAACAGAUGAAAUACCUGUUGAACAAGUUAAAUGUCUAACACCGAUGACAUUACAAACAAUUCAAUCAUCAAUGCCAAUUUAUCAACAUAGUCGUCUUCCAGGAACAACGAGUGAAUGCUAG